AAAGCUUUCUGCACAAGUCACAAUUAGAAAUGCACAACUUUUAGAUUUUGCGAUUAACCAGCCUCUCCAAACUCUCUCCCUCUGUUAUCAUGAAGCAGAAGAAAACGGUUCGCAACCAGGCCAGAAAAGACUCUCCAGGUGGAAAUACAGCCAUUAAGAGUGAACAAAAGACAGAGGGAAACUCUUUCUUUAGCUGGCUGUUGGUGCUGGCUUUGCUGGGGGCUUGGUUGUCUGUGGGUGUGGUGUGGUUUGACCUUGUUGACUACAACAGUGUGGUUGGUGCUCUUGGAGGAGUAUAUGAUGCUGAUGGCGAUGGAGACUUUGAUGUAGAAGAUGCCAAAGUUUUGUUGGAGAAUGCUACUGUGGCUACUAAGGAAAAAACCUUAAGAAAAAAUAUCACAACGGAGGGAGACAGUAUACAAGCAGGCCAUUCCAAGCAUACAUAUGAGAGAUCUAAAGAAGUGGGGCGUAAAAAAGACAGAGAACAUCCUACCAGGGAUAUUGGCCGAAAGCUGAAAGCAGCUCUGAAGGAGCAGCUACGAGUUAUUCAUGAGAAGAUUGAAGCCAAAAAGAUUGCCAAACUAGCCCUUGCUGAGGUCCAUAGUGUUUUGGCUCAAGAGGAAGAGGAGAGACAAGCUGCUCUUGCUGCCAAAAAAGUCAAAGAAGAGGCAGAAGUUAAGCUUCAAGAGGAACGAAUACAAAGAGAACAAGAGGAGAAACUAGCCAAGGAGAAAGCAGAGAGAGAAAGAGUGGAACAAGAAAAACUGACCAAAGAAAAAGCAGUAAAAGAAAGGAUGGAGAAAGAGAAAUCAGAAAAGGAAAGAUUGGCUAAAGAAAAAGCAGAAAAAGACAGAUUGGCUAAAGAAAAAGCGGAGAAAGAAAAACUGGAGAAAGAGAGGGCAGAAAAAGAAAAAAUGGCUAAGGAAAAAGCAGAACAGGAAAGACUGGCCAAAGACAAGGCAGAAAAAGAGAGACUUGCUAAAGAAAAGGCUGAAAAGGAAAAACUGGAGAAAGAGAGUGCAGAAAAAGAACGACUGGCUAAAGAAAAAGCGAAAAAAGAAAGAUUGGAGAAAGAGAAAGCAGAGAACGAAAGAUUGGCUAAAGAAAAAGCAGAAAAAGAAAGACUUGAGAAAGAAACGGCAGAAAAAGAGAGACUCGCUAAAGGAAAAGCAGAAAAAGAUAGAUUGGCUAAAGAAAGAGCAGAAAAAGAAAGACUUGAGAAAGAAAAAGCAGAAAAAGAAAGACUGGCUAAAGAAAAAGCGGACAAAGAAAGACUAGAGAAAGAGAAAGCAGAAAAAGAAAGAUUGGCCAAAGAAAAGGCAGAAAAAGAGAGACUUGCUAAAGAAAAAGCAGAAAAGGAAAGACUUGAGAAAGAAAAGGCAGAAAAAGAGAUACUAGAGAAAGAGAAAGCAGAAAAAGAACGACUGGCUAAAGAAAAAGCGAAAAAAGAAAGAUUGGAGAAAGAGAAAGCAGAGAAAGAAAGAUUGGCUAAAGAAAACAAAGAAAGACUAGAGAAAGAGAAAGCAGAAAAAGAAAGAUUGGCCAAAGAAAAAGCAGAAAAAGAGAGACUUGCUAAAGAAAAAGCAGAAAAGGAAAGACUUGAGAAAGAAACGGCAGAAAAAGAGAUACUAGAGAAAGAGAAAGCAGAAAAAGAAAGAUUGGCCAAAGAAAAAGCAGAAAAAGAGAGACUUGCUAAAGAAAAAGCAGAAAAGGAAAGACUUGAGAAAGAAAAGGCAGAAAAAGAGAGACUGGCUAAAGAAAAAGCAGAAAAAGAAAUAUUGGCUAAAGAAAGAGCAGAAAAAGAAAGACUUGAGAAAGAAAAGGCAGAAAAAGAGAGACUCGCUAAAGAAAAAGCAGAAAAAGAACAAUUGGCUAAAGAGAUAGCACAAAAAGAAAGACUUGAGAAAGAAAAGGCAGAAAAAGAGAGACUGGCUAAAGAAAGAGCAGAAAAAGAAAGACUUGAGAAAGAAAAGGCAGAAAAAGAGAGACUCGCUAAAGAAAAAUCAGAAAAAGAAAGAUUGGCUAAAGAGAUAGCAGAAAAAGAAAGGCUGGAGAAAGAGAGAGUGGAAAAGGAAAGACUGGCCAAACAAAAGGCAGAAAAGGGAAAUCUGGAGAAAGAGAAAGUUGAGAAAGAAAGGCUUAACAAAGUAAAAGAGAGUGCAUCAAAGGGGCAAACAGAGAAAGAUGUAAAGAAGGAAAGAAAAAAUGUGAACAAUUACAAAGAAAAAGAGGCCAAAUUAAAUAAAAAAGCUCAUGGACAAAACGUUGAUCAAUCAGAAAAUGAAAAAGAAUCAGCUGAUGAAAAAAAUACCAAAGAAGAGAAAAUAUCUACUCGUGGUUUACUUAAAUCUUCGAAAAAAAUAUCAAGAAAUAAUAGUAAACUGCCAUAACUGUGAGAUUUGAUUUAAGAGGUUUGGAAAUAAAAACUCCUAAGGCAUUUACUAGGAACAGCCCUGCAUAGUAAAUAACUAAAAAUACAACACAUUUUUUUCAGUAGUGUGACAAUAUUCAGCUGUUCAAAACGCUAACAAGCUACUUUUUUCAAACAAGUAGUGGUGUAGUGUAACAAAACACUACAUUGCUGUUGGUACCAUGGCACAGCUGAGUGAAGGAGGUAAUAACCCAACUGUCAACUCACUGUGUUGGGAAGUGUAUUGGUUCGCUUGGAUGUUUCAUGUAAAUAAACAUGAUUUCUUAGAUCCAACAAGCCAGUGUUUUUAAGCCCUGUUCCUGGAGCCCUCUCCAACCAGUCACAUUUUGCAUUUCUCUUUAAUCAAACACACCUGAUUCAGGUCAUCAUUCAGGUCUCAGUAGAAGACACCAAGAUCUGAAAUGGGACACAUUCAAAAUGUGUAGUGUUGGGGGACUCCAGGAACAGAGUUGAAAACCUCUGCAAUAAGUGAUUUAGCCUGCACAGAAGUCCAGACUGCAUUUUAAAAAUAUUUAGUGA